AUGUGUACCCAAUUAUGUCCAUCCAUUGACUGUCAACUGAGAGCUCUUUAUGUGACUGAGAGGAGUAUUGGCAAUCUAUGUGGCGGUCUAUUCACAAUAUUGAUGCUCAUCAUAAUGUUCAGUGUAGCGCACCGUAGGUUCCAGGAACUGGUCUAUAUUAGUCUGGCAUUUAUAGCCAUUACACUGACACUGUGCAUCAUAUUUGCCAUAUUCAACACACUGUGCAAAGGGGAUCUACAGUUUGAUAUGUGGGAUACGGCUAAUAUCAGUAGUUCCCGCUAUACACCGACCCGACAUCAUAGUCGCAGACAGUCGAGUAGAUAUCAUAGACAUUAUAGUAAUAAUAAUAAUAAUAGCAGUUCUGCUAAUAACGCAUACAAUCAACAAAGGGUUCACGUGUGUGCACCCCCUUCAAUGGGAGGCGCCCGACUCAAUAUUAUUUACACAAUAGGUCAACAAAGCAAUCACACACCGCGAAUGAGUAGGUCAUUGGGCGGUCAGCCAUUGGACAGACACUCGGUGGCCAUCAAUAUCGAUGACAACAGUAACUAUAGCGCACAAUUAUGGCCACCCGGUGCUGGUGGCGUUGGCCGAAGUCCAACAUCUCGUGCAUCAUCUCCGCGUGCCGGCGGCGCCGCCGCCAACUGUCCGCCACAAUAUCUGCAGUUUUCACCGAUUAUUACGGUUAUCGGCGCCAAUGAGGCCAACGACGACUUGCAGCAGUUGAUCAGUACCUACGGACCCGCCGGCGAAGCCAUUGAUACAAGACUUCCCAUUAACAGUGAUAUAUUAUCCGACUUUGACUAUCAAUACCCUGAUAUGCCGCCACUGUAUCAUCAGUUGGAUGUCAUACCCACCGAUGGACCACCGAGUUAUGAGGACGCCAUCAAACAGAAGACGUCCGCAUCGCCGACACCGCAGUCGCCGACUGUACCGUCAACUCAUGACAAGAGGUCGCCGUCUUCGUCGUCAAUACCGCACGACUGCAGCGACUAUAAGAGUGACCAAAGAGGAGAUGAUAGCAGUGAUAGACGUAGUGAUGAUAAUCGAGAUAAUGAUGAUAAGGGAUAA